AGCCGUUGCUCUCCUAGCUUAAAGCUAAUAAGCUAUCAGCGGUCUCUCGUUGGACCGCGCGGAGAUAAAUCAACUGUAACAUUUUUCUAACAUUGUAGCUUAAAAUAAGAAAUACCUGAUUUUUGGACUCCUAACAAGACAAAAGUCAUAAUGGGAGAUCCUGCUUUUCAUCGAGACUGUCCCCUUGACUGCAAGGUUUAUGUGGGGAAUCUUGGAAACAAUGGAAAUAAGACAGAAUUGGAAAGAGCUUUUGGAUACUACGGCCCUUUAAGAAAUGUCUGGGUUGCCAGGAAUCCACCUGGUUUUGCUUUCGUGGAGUUUGAAGACCCUAGAGAUGCAACUGAUGCUGUAAGAGAACUGGAUGGCAGAACCAUGUGUGGCUGUCGAGUGCGUGUUGAGUUAUCGACCGGGGAAAAGCGCUCAAGGAGCCGAGGUCCUCCUCCAUCAUGGAGUAGACGCCCUCGGGAUGAUUUUAGGCGUCGUAGUCCUCCAGUCAGACGCAGAUCACCAAGGAGGAGGAGCUUGAGUCGCAGUCGCAGCAGGUCUCUGUCAAAAGAUAGACGCAGAUAUCGGUCUCUCUCCAAAGAAAAGAACCGCAAACGCUCGCGAUCCUUUUCUCGAUCAAGGAGUCGUUCCAGGUCCCAUGAAAGAAAAUGAAGAUCCUCCAUUGUUCUGCAAGAUCGUGCUAAAGUUGCAAGAAGGAAAAAAGUUUUAUAGGUCUUUAUUUUGUUUUUGUUUUUUAAUUAAGACUUUUGUUUGCACCUUUAGAACAGCCUAAGCUCGAUCAUAUGCAUUGUGGUCUAUCCAUUCAAUGAACAUAAAGGACUGAAUUUUUUUCAUUUCGUCAGCUGUUAUGGCAAGAUUUUCUCAUUUUACGAAUAGAUUUAUUCGCAUUAAACAAGUUCUAUUUUGCUCUGCAUGUUUUUGAAAUCAAAUACUCCAUUUAGUUUCUUAAUAGAAAUGUCCUUUGUUUUUUUAACUGCUGAAUUAAACUUUUGU